UUGGCAGGCAGAUCUUACGCCCCCCUCUCUCUCAAACUAACACAAAACCCACCUUCCCCUCUCUUUCGUCUAUCACUUCUUAAACUUCCUUUCCUUCUCGCCUCCUCCUCUUCUCCUCAUUCCUCACUUCUCCUCCCUCUCUCUCUCUCUCGCUUUCCUCUCGCCGGAUUCCGAUAUGCUUCAGGGAUACCGCCAGCACAUUCUUAGCUUCUAAGUAAAAGCAUCACUUAACCAGGGAUGGGACCGUAUGACUCCGGCGCCUCUGCCCCAAGCACCAGCAGCUGCUUGUCUUCAUGCAUGGGAAAAUCUUCGGAACUAGACGGACUUCUCGCCGGCGCCGGUUACAAGGUCAGGUCCUCGGAUCUCCACCAAGUGGCGCAGCGUCUGGAGCGACUUGAGACGUUCAUGGUCAAUGCUCCAACCGAGAUUUCACAGCUCGCCUCCGAGGCUGUACACUACAACCCCACCGACCUCGCCUCCUGGGUGGAGUCCAUGCUCACCGGAAUCAAUCAACCCUUCCCCUCAUCGUCGUCUGAUCUAUCGGGCUUUUCUGAACUCCAUUACUUGGAUGAUCUAGUAAGUCCACCCCUCCACCCGACGGUCGUCACAGACGCCUGGACGGACCAGACUACGCACCAGCAGGAGCCGCAGCAGCAACAUCAGCUGACAGUGGCGACCGCAAUGGAAGAAGAUUCCGGCAUCAGGUUGGUGCAUUUGCUUCUCACGUGCGCUGAAUCAGUGCAACGUGGCGACGUCGCAUUGGCUGGAUCCUUGCUCGAAGAGAUGCGAGCGUUAUUGUCGCAUGUAAACACUGGAUGCGGCAUCGGGAAGGUCGCCGGAUACUUCAUCGACGCCCUGAACCGCCGGCUUUUCUCGCCACAAGCCGUAUGCGCCGGUUCUACUCUCGAGACCGAGAUCUUGUACCAUCACUUCUACGAGGCCAGCCCGUACCUCAAAUUCGCUCACUUCACGGCGAACCAAGCCAUCCUCGAGGCCUUUGACGGCCACGAUUGUGUCCACGUCGUCGAUUUCAACCUUAUGCAUGGAUUACAAUGGCCUGCCCUGAUCCAGGCCCUUGCCCUCCGGCCCGGUGGGCCACCCUUUCUCCGUAUCACCGGGAUUGGACCCCCGUCUCCCGAUGGGCGCGAUUCGCUACGUGAAAUUGGGCUGAAGCUUGCCGAGUUGGCCCGGUCCGUAAACGUCCGGUUCGCCUUUCGAGGAGUGGCAGCUUCACGGCUAGACGAUGUGAAGCCGUGGAUGCUCCAAGUCGGGCCGAGAGAGGCCGUUGCCAUAAAUUCGAUAAUGCAGCUCCACCGGCUACUAGCCCCGGACCCGAGCCGGGGUUCACCAAUCGACUCGGUUCUUGGAUGGGUUCGUGGCUUAAACCCGAAGAUAGUAACAGUGGUGGAGCAAGAGGCAAACCACAACCAACCAGAAUUCCUGGACCGUUUCACGGAGGCGCUGUACUAUUACUCGACAAUGUUCGAUUCACUGGAGUCUUGUGCGCUGCAGCCGGAAAAAGCCCUCGCUGAGAUGUACAUACAGCGGGAGAUAUGUAACAUAGUGUGUUGUGAAGGGUCGGCCCGGGAGGAGCGGCAUGAACCGCUGGCCAAGUGGAGAGCCCGGUUGGAUGGAGCCGGGUUCCGGGCGAUGCAUCUGGGGUCGAAUGCAUUCAAGCAAGCGAGUAUGCUAUUGACGCUGUUCUCGGCCGAGGGAUAUUCCGUGGAGGAGAACCAAGGGUGCUUGACGUUGGGCUGGCAUAGCCGUCCUCUCAUUGUGGCCUCGGCUUKGCAAGCCGUGCCCGAUACGAGCGCCCUUGCUAGAAUAAACAACAAUGCCUUGUAAUUAGUUUUUUUUUUAAUAAUAUUAUUUCUUUUUAAAUUCAUGUUAUUAUGUUCUAAUUUAGGGUUAUCUAUUAAAGGCUUAUCCUUCUUAGGGUU